AUAUUAUAAUUCAAGAUUAUGAAGAUACUGAAAGUGAUUUGAAUUUAUGGAAAAAUCAAAUAAAUUACGAAGAAACUGAAAGUGACUUAGAUCCACAGCAAAAUCAAACAGAUCAUGAAGAAACUGACUUAGAUCUACAGCAAAAUCAAAUAGAUUAUGAAGAAACUGAUAUGGAUCUAUAG